UUGUUUUUGACACGCCUUGUACGUGAUAAUUUUGUAUAGGUACCAUUUCUCUUAAAUUGUGUUUUGUGUAUUAAUUCCUUGUAUUUACUGUAUUCUUAGUGUAUUUAAGGUGAAAUUAGGUGUUCGUAAAGUUGCAAAAACCUAAAACAGCGUAAUGUCGACAAUAACCGACCCCUACGGUACCACGGGGACGCUGUCCCUCAAAUGGGACCCCAAGAACCUGGAGAUUCGCACCAUGUCCGUGGAGCGGACGCUUGAACCAUUAGUGUUGCAGGUGACCACGCUGGUCAAUAGCAAGGAUAAGACGGCUAAGAAGAAGCGACCCGGUAAAUCGAAACGGGCCAGCGCUCUAGUGGCCACCGUCGAACGGGCGACGGAGAUUUUCAUAGAGCGAGGUCAGACCAUCGCGUACGAGAAUCCGGAGAUCACGCAGGAGAUGUUGACUGCUGUGGAGGAGGUGCGGAAGGCUGGUGCAGCGAUGAGCCUAGCAGCCCGUGAGUUCUCCGAAGAGCCCUGUGCAUCAUCAGUCCGAUCCAGCAUGGUGCGAGCUGCCAGGAGCCUGCUGUCUGCUGUCACCAGGCUCCUGAUCCUCGCUGACAUGGUUGAUGUGCAUCUGCUGCUGUCGAAGCAGAGAAUGGUUGAAAAAGACCUCGACAAGCUGAAAUCGGCCUCGUCCCAAUCGGAAUUGAUAGAGAGUGCCCGUCAGUUUGGCCGUUCAGCGAGCGAACUGGCCGCUCAAGCUGCGAAGAGACAGAGGGAACUGAAGGAGCCGAGGAUGAAGGAUGAGCUGGCUGCGGCCAGGGCUGUUCUGAAGAAGCACUCCACCAUGCUGCUGACUGCUUCCAAGGUAUAUGUUCGUCACCCGGAAUUGGCCGCAGCCAAAGCGAACAGAGAUUUCGUACUGCGCGCGGUUUGUUCCGCCGUUGAUACUAUAUCGGCGGUCGCUCAAGGCAGGCCUACGCCUAAUGGUGGUACUAACCGUGUUCCAGUCGAAGGUCCGGGAGAGUUGGCUCAAGCGCUCGACGAUUUUGACGAGCGAAUGGUAAUGGAGCCGCUGGCCUACUCCGAACUGAGAACUAGACCAUCGCUGGAGGAGCGGCUAGAGUCCAUCAUUUCUGGCGCAGCACUUAUGGCUGAUAGCUCUUGUACCAGGGACGAGCGUCGUGAGCGCAUAGUUGCCGAGUGUAACGCGGUUCGUCAAGCGUUGCAAGAGCUCUUGCACGAAUAUAUGAGCAAUGCGGGUAGAGCGGAACAAUCGGAGGGCUUAGAGCGUGCGCUAGAGCACAUGUGCCGCAAGACUCGGGACCUGCGCCGGCAGCUGCGCAAGGCCGUCGUGGACCACGUGUCCGACAGUUUUCUAGAAACGAACGUACCCCUACUGGUACUGCUGGAAGCGGCUCGAGGCGGUAACGAGAAAGAGGUGGAAGAAUAUGCGAUUGUGUUCGGUGAACAUGCGGGGAAACUUGUUGAGGUCGCUAAUUUGGUGUGCUCAAUGUCGAACAAUGAAGACGGAGUUAAAAUGGUGCGACACGCGGCCGGGCAGAUUGAAGCUUUAUGCCCGCAGGUGAUAAACGCGUGUCGCGUGCUAGCGGCCCGCAGUCGGUCUCGGGUCGCGCAGGAGAACGCACGCGCGUUCGCCCGCGCGUGGGAGGCGGCCGUGCGCCUGCUCACCGACGCGGUCGACGAUCUCACCACUAUCGACGACUUUUUGGCUGUUAGCGAGAAUCACAUCCUCGAAGAUGUGAACAAGUGUGUCGUAGCACUACAAGAAGGUGACCCGGAUUCGCUCGAGCGCACCGCUGGCGCUAUACGCGGUAGAGCUAACCGUGUGUGCUCGGUAGUCACGCAAGAGAUGGACAAUUACGAGCCGUGCAUCUACACGAAGAGAGUUUUGGAGGCCGUCACUGUGCUGCGCGAUCAAGUAAUGUCCAAAUUCGCGGUCCGUGUGGACGCCGCAGUAUCUGCUCUUGGAGGAGGCGGUGGCGGUGGUCUAGAUGAGAAUGACUUUAUAGACGCGUCUAGACUUGUGUAUGACGCUGUGCGUGAGAUCCGAAGGGCUGUGCUGAUGAAUCGGACGAGCGACGAUCUCGACACGGACACGGAGUUCGAGCCCGUCGAGGACAUGACUAUGGAGACGCGGAGUCGAUCGAGCGCUCACACGGGUGAGCACGGCGUGGAUGAAUAUCCUGACAUCAGCGGAAUUACUAACGCUAGGGAAGCGAUGCGCAAGAUGACAGAGGAGGACAAGCGCAAGAUCCUCCAGCAAGUGGAGCUGUUCCGUCGCGAGAAGAUGACGUUCGACAACGAGGUGGCCAAGUGGGAUGACGCGGGCAACGAUAUCAUCAUGUUGGCGAAGCACAUGUGCAUGAUUAUGCUCGAGAUGACGGAUUUCACCAGGGGUCGCGGUCCGUUGAAGACAACAAUGGACGUUAUCAACGCAGCGAAGAAGAUCUCCGAGGCCGGUACGAAGUUGGACAAAUUGACGAGAGAGAUCGCUGAACAGUGCCCGGAAUCGUCGACGAAACAAGAUCUCCUUGCGUACCUCCAACGCAUAGCGCUGUACUGCCAUCAGAUACAGAUCACGAGCAAAGUGAAGGCGGACGUGCAGAAUAUAUCCGGCGAGCUUAUUGUUAGCGGGCUUGACAGCGCCACAUCACUGAUACAAGCUGCGAAGAAUCUGAUGAACGCCGUAGUGCUAACAGUGAAGGCAUCAUACGUGGCCUCCACUAAAUACACGAGGCAGGGCACUAUAGCGUCGCCGAUAGUAGUAUGGCGUAUGAAGGCGCCGGAAAAGAAGCCGUUGAUCCGUCCGGAGAAACCGGAAGAAGUUCGGGCCAAAGUGCGACGCGGGAGUCAGAAGAAACAGCCGAGCCCUGUGCACGCGUUGGCCGAGUUCCAGAGCCCAGCUGAAAGCGUUUAGACUAGGCGGGUGAUUGAAUGUCUGGGAGCGUGGGGAUAAGGCGGAUAAUGAUAUUCGAGAGUGUGUAAACUAGGCAGUUGACUAAAUAUUCGAGAGCGUGUAGACUAGGCAGAUGAUUAAAUAUCUUGGCUAAAUAUCUGAGAGCGUGUAGAUUAGGCAAAUAUCGAUAUUUGAGUGUAGACUAGGCAGAUGACUAAAUAUUCGAGAGCGUUUAGACUAGGCGGAUGA